AUGCGUCGCACGUCGGGACACGUGUUUCUGACAAGUUUGCUGAUACUACUUCGAGCGCGUCGGGCGAACGCGGCCACCGAGGAUUCGUCCGAAUUUCAGAACAAAGGUCCUACGAUUUACACUCUUACAGCGCCGUUGAGGUUGGUGUGGGCUAACGAGGGUGAAGACGUCGAAUUGCCAUGCGACAUCACACCCCCGACACCGACCGACUCCGUCAACAUGGUGCUCUGGUUCAAGGACUCUGUUGGAAUACCCCUCUACAGCCUAGACGCGAGGAGCGGAGAUCUCUCUACCGCCAUUCACUGGGCGAUCAGCGACGAUCUCGGCAGGAGGACGUACUUCCAGAUCGGUGACGGCCACCGGGCCAAGUUGAAAGUGACCAAGGUCACGUUCAAGGAUCAGGGAAUCUUCAGGUGUAGGGUAGACUUCAUCGACUCUCCGACGCGGAACUUUCGAGUGAAUCUUACGCUGGUCGAGGAGCCGACGAAGCCUGUGAUAUACGAUGCCCAAGGGCGAGAAGUGACGGGGGUGGGUGGACCGUUCCUCGAGGGCUACAACCUCGCCUUGACCUGCCAGGUGUCUGGGGGAAGACCGAGACCGUCCGUAACGUGGUGGAAGGACGGCGAGAUCCUGGACAGCGUCGUCGACACCGUCUCCAUCGGUUCGCCCAGCAAAUUCACGGUGAACCACCUCUUCAUCGACAAGGUGACCAGGUCGUUGUGGGGCACCAAGCUCGAGUGCAGAGCCCAAUCCACACCUAUGGCCGCACCGAUCGUUCGAGAAGUUCCCCUGGACAUUUAUCUGAAGCCAGCGAUAGUGAAGAUCGUGAUGAACGAGGACCAGAUCUACGCGGGUCGUCCGAUCGCGGCUCGUUGCGAGACGUGGGGAAGCUCGCCAGCCGCGAGGAUCAUUUGGAGCCUGAACGGGCAGACGAUAGGCGAGCCUAACGUGUCCACCACGCAGAGGAGCAACUCCACGGUGAGCAAGCUGGCUCUGGCGUUGGGCAAGGACGACGACGGCAAGGAAUUAAUUUGCAGAGCCGAAAAUCCCCGAUUUCCCGGCGGGGUCCUCGAGCACACUAAAGUCCUGAACGUCGCCUAUGCUCCAACUGUAGGCGUGCAUCUAGCGACAGGGUACAUACUGGACAUGAUCAGAGAGGGUGACGACGUGAAAUUGAUCUGCGACGUGCACAGCAAUCCAUCCCCGACCAGGAUCAUCUGGUACCACGACGACGACAGGUUGGAGCACGACGUGGCCGGUGGCACUCUGAUCGCCUCGAACACCCUGACCCUGAGGGUGCUCACCCUGGCGCACGCCGGCGAGUACUCGUGCGCGGCGAUCAAUCCCGUCGGCGAGGGUCGUGGCGCGCCGCUGUUCGUUCACAUGAAAUAUGCGCCAAGAUGUCGGGCGGGUCACGAGCGACGCGAGAUCACCGCCGCCCGUCGCGAAACGGUGUCGUUGCGAUGCGAGGUCGACGCGGUCCCGGAGGACGCGGUGAGGUUCUUUUGGACGUACAACGGGACGCGAGGCGACGUGUUGCCGGUGCAGAACUCCAGGGCUCAGAAUAACGGGCUCGUUAGCGUUCUGGAUUACACUCCAACCGUCGACACCGACUUCGGGACACUCGCCUGCUGGGCAAGCAACAGCGUCGGCAGACAAAGGGCGCCCUGUAUAUUCAACGUCGUGCCGGGGAAGCCACCGCAGCCGCCGUUCGACUGUUCCUUGCAGAACGAGACCAGCUCGUUGGAAGUGAAUUGUAUACCCGGCGCGGACGGUGGUUCGCCGCAGUACUUUUUACUGGAAGUUCGGGGCAUCCCGAGGCAACCGGGAGCCAUCCAGGUGAACUCGCCCACGCUCCACGCGCCGCAGAGCGAUCAGGGAACGGUGGGGGAGGUGCCAGCCGUCUAUCAGGAGAAGAACGUCAGGCCCAACUUCCAGCUGCACGACCUUGACCCCGGUUUCGACUACACUUUAUACGUGUACGCCGUGAACGGCCAGGGCAAGAGCGAGCCUGCGCUAUUGGAGCACGUCAGGGUCGUUGAACCCAUCGGUGGCAAGCUGGAGAGGACAGGCGUCUUCCUGGAGGACCUGAAGAAGGCCCUCCCGACGGCCAGCUCGGAGAAUCUGAUCAUCGUCAUUGCCCUGACAGGUACAGGUGCGGUGGCCUUGAUCCUGAUCGGCAUCGGAGUGAUCAUCGGACUGGCGGUCUGCAGAAGAAGGACCAGCUCCCCGGUCAAAGACGGACCGGACGAUUUUACCAUCCCCAGCUACGUUUCCGCUCAAAGGAUCGAGCCCAGGAUCAGAUACUCCGGCGAUAGCAGACGGUCUCAAAGAACGAGCCUGUACGUCGAGGAAAAUCGAAACGAACCGGAUCUUCUGCAGAGAGUGGAGAUCGACCUGCACGACUAGUUUUGUACAGUUAGGGUUAACCGAUAUACUCGUCCUCGUGUAUUAUAUGUAAUACGCUUUCCUCGA